AUGAUGGAUGGCCACUCUGUACCUCAGAUCAACUGUGAUGUCAAAGCUGGAAAGAUCAUCAAUCCUGAGUUCAUGGUGAAAUGUCCAGCGGGAUGCCAAGACACUAAAUAUCACGUGUAUGGCACUGAUGUGUAUGCAUCCUACUCCAGCGUGUGUGGUGCUGCGGUCCACAGUGGUGUGCUUGACAAUUCAGGAGGGAAAAUACUUGUUCGGAAAGUUGCUGGACAGUCUGGUUAUAAAGGCAGUUAUUCCAACGGUGUCCAAUCUUUGUCCCUCCCACGAUGGAGAGAGUCCUUCAUCAUCUCAGAAGGUAAACCCAAAAAGGGUGUGACCUACCCAUCGGCUCUUACAUAUUCAUCAUCUAAAAGCCCAGCUGCUGAAUCAGGUGAAACAACAAAAACCUAUCAGAAACCAUCAAUUCCAGAAACAACCACACAGCCAGUCAUCUUGACUCAGGUACCAACAACAACUACAGCCAAGGCCACCCACACCACGUUGCCAAAGCCAUCCCCUUAUGCAACCUCCACCACAAGCAGUCCCAGACCACGGCCUGUGGGCCACAGGAGCUGGGAACCAGGUCAGUGGUCACCAAAAGUUUUACUGCUCUUUCUAGGAUUUGUUUCAAAAGAGGAAUUAAGCACUCAGUCUUUGGAGCCAGUAUCUCAGGGAGAGCCAAACAGCCCUGCUACUCAGUUUAAUCUCAAGACUCACAUGAAUUCCAGAGAUGUGAAAGCAGCCAUAGAGAGCAUUACCCCAAGAGGAGGGCUUUCUAAUGUAGGCCGGGCCCUCUCCUUUGUGACCAAGAAUUUCUUUUCAAAAGCCAAUGGAAACCGGCAUGGUGCUCCCAACGUGGCUGUGGUAAUUGUGGAUGGCUGGCCCACAGACAAGGUGGAGGAGGCUGCAAGACUUGCAAGAGAGUCAGGAAUCAACAUUUUCUUCAUCACCAUUGAAGGUGCUGUUGAAAACGAGAAGCAGUAUGUGAUAGAACCUAACUUUGCAAACAAGGCUGUGUGCAGAACAAAUGGUUUUUACUCCCUUAAAGUGCAGAGCUGGUUCAGCCUCCACAAGACCGUGCAGCCCCUGGUGAAGCGGGUCUGUGACUCCGACCGCCUGGCCUGCAGCAAGACCUGCUUCAACUCGGCCGACAUCGGCUUCGUCAUCGAUGGCUCCAGCAGUGUAGGCACCAGCAACUUCCGCACAGUCCUCCAGUUUGUGGCCAACCUAACCAAAGAGUUCGAGAUUUCCGAAACGGACACACGAAUCGGGGCCGUGCAGUACACCUACGAGCAGCGGCUGGAGUUUGGGUUCGACCAGUACAACAGCAAGUCUGACAUCCUGAACGCCAUCAAGAGGGUAGGGUACUGGAGCGGAGGGACCAGCACGGGGGCAGCCAUCAACUAUGCCCUGGAGCAGCUCUUCCAGAAGUCUAAGCCCAACAAAAGGAAGCUAAUGAUCCUCAUCACCGAUGGGAGGUCCUAUGAUGACGUCCGAAUACCAGCCAUGGCUGCCCAUCAGAAGGGAGUGAUCACCUAUGCAAUAGGUGUUGCUUGGGCAGCACAGGACGAGCUGGAAGUCAUCGCCACUCACCCUGCCAGGGACCACUCCUUCUUUGUGGACGAGUUCGACAACCUCUACAAACCUGUCCCCAGGAUCAUCCAGAACAUUUGUACCGAGUUCAAUUCCCAGCCACGAAACUGA